AUGGUAACUAGUACUGAGGACGAUUAUUUUGGGCAGAAGUUGCCGCCGCUGCACAUCUACCUUAAGAGAGUUUUGGACAAAUACCCGGAAGGUGGACAGAUCUUGAAGGAGCUUGUGCAAAAUGCAGAUGAUGCAGAAGCAAAGAAUGUGAUUUUCCUUUACGACAAGUCGCAACAUCCAAGCCAUCAAUUGUGGUCGGAGACAUUGAAGGACUUCCAAGGACCAGCUCUCUAUGCCUACAACGAUGCAACCUUUAAGGAGCAAGACUGGUACAACCUUCAACACCCUGAGCAGAGUGGGAAGCAGGAAGACCUUUCCAAGGUUGGGAGGUUCGGCCUGGGAUUCAUAUCCGUCUACCAUCUUACAGACAUGCCCUGCAUCGUCAGUGAAAACAAAAUCGGUUUCUUGGACCCACUAGAGAAGCACUUCAACCACGACCCUCACACCAACACAAAUUACGAAGGCAGACGUGGUAAGCAGUGGGAGAUGAAAGCCGAUCUUCUGGCUAAAUUUCCAGACCAGUUUUCACCUUACCUAAUUGACUUGUUUCACUGUAAUAAAAACAACUUUGAAAAUGGUAAAUUAGAGGGUACUAUUUUUCGCUUUCCAUUGCGAACCAGCAAAUCACUGAUCAGUAAGUCGGUUUUCACUGAUCAUGCGCGUGUGCAUGAUCUCUUUGCAUCAUUCCAGAGAGAUGCAGAGAUCUCUCUGUUGUUUCUCAAGCACGUAGAAUCCAUAGCUGUGUAUGAAAGAGAUCAUCAAGAUGCGAAUCCUAGACUUAUUUGUAAGGUACAGAUUCACCCAGACGAUUGUCAUCAGAUUCGUAUGGACAGAACAACAUUCCUGAGCCAGAUUCUCUCGAAGCAAGACAUUCAAACCAUGAGCUGUGUACGAAUCCAGAAGCAAACUGGAUCACAGACAGCUCAAACGACAAGCAGAUACAUCACCUUUAACAGCUUAAAGAACAAGAGUACAUCCGGACGUCUCCAGGAACUGUGCAAAGAUGAUGAACUGAAGCUGCUGCCAUGGAUGGGGAUGUCCUUCCGAACUAGUUGUACAGCAGGUUCAGAUGACGAACAGCAAAGUGGUCGUGUGUUUUGCUUCCUGCCAUUGCCGGAGAGCGAGAAGACAGGCUUGCCAGUCCACGUACAUGGCUACUUUGGUCUUGGAGACAACCGUCGCAGUAUCAAGUGGCCAGAUAAAGAGUCCCAGCAUGACAACAAGGCACUCUGGAACGAGCUCCUCACACAGGAAGUCUUUCCUGAAGUCUAUGCAAAGGUUAUUCUAGCUGCUGUUAAGAAGAGUGAAGAUCCAUCUGAUCCAACAAAGUCGUUAGAUGUGUAUAAAGCAUGGCCUUCAAUUGGGCACAUAACGGCAAAUUGGUCAGCUGGGGUCAAGAAAUUCUUGCAGCUGGUAGCGAACGAGCCCAUCUUCUACACAGAACAUAAAGGUGGCUACUGGAUGAGGCCAACGAAUCCGGACCUGUAUGUUGUCCCCGACGGAAACGCCUUGGUUUCAAAAGUGCUGAGAAUCAUAGGUUGUCCUGUUGCACAGCCUCCAAACCACGUUCUGGAGUCUCUUAAAUGGGCAGGUGUGAGUUACAACACGGUUACACCUGUACUCGUGAGAAACAGGAUCAGAGGGGAUGCACUGCAGUUCCUGUCACGUGACGAGAAGUUCGAGCUUCUUAAAUAUGUGACCAGUGACACAGUUUGUGAUCUGAACAACCUCUCUCUACUUCCCUUGCAGAGUGGCGAAUUUGUUGCAUUUCAUAACAAUGCACCAAAAGUAUAUAUUGCGACCACAGAGAAUCCAAGUUCUCUGAUCCCAAAUGGGGCAUCAAGAUUUGCUGCGAGUGAUCUACAACCAACACUGCUGACAGAUCACAGAAUAGAGGCGUACACACAGCUGAAACGUCUGGGCGUUAAUGAUGUUGCACCUCUAUUGAGAGAGAUACUUCCAAGCACAUGGAGAGGAGGAACAGAUGACACCGUGCCAUGGACCCCGGGAUGCAGCCAACAACCAACAAAGGAGUGGUUGGCGGAGUUUUGGAGAUGGUUGGCGAAAACAGACCUUGAGGCAUUCAAAGGUAUUCCCCUCGUCCCGGUAGCACACGGUCACAUUGCCAGACUACAACAUAAUAAGUUAAUUUGCCAAGUACAGGCGGGGAACUCUUAUGGGCGUUAUCCUGUACCCUUAUCCGAUAACGUCUGCUCCUUUCUGGAGUCUGUCGGAGCUGUUGUUAUACGGGAUCUACCGCCUUAUGUAAGUAAUCACCCAUGCAUCAACAGAUUUGUUGGUGCUCCUACACCUGAAGGAGUCAUGACCAUCAUAGAGGCAUGCAGCCGCAAUAACCUCAAUGCACAGGUUCAAAGAUUGGCUGCGAGCACAAAACAUGAACUACGAGCUCUCCUCGCAUUACUUCAGCACUUAACGACCGGCCAACUUGACAUCUUGAAGUCUCUCCCUUUCUUUCUUGGAAGUGAUGGGAAAGAUGUCUCAGCUAAGACAUGUGCAACAUCAAUUCCUGAUAACUAUUUUGGGUUACCAGUGAGAGCUGUUAGACUUCGAUGUCUUAUUAUGAAAUCUGACGAAUCGGAUAACCUACUGUUACGACUUAAGGUUGAAAAGCAACCAGUUGAUGAGUUUCUACGAAGAAACGUCCUCCCUGCAGUACAGGAUGGGUUCUACUGUGACGCCGAUUCACUGUCAAUCAUGAGGUGGGUCUUGGAGCGACCACAAUUUGACCAUUUGGUGACAGACCUCAAGUUUAUUCCAAUUUCUGGACGCAGAGCAAGUCCAAAGGAACUGUUCGAGCCCUCUCAAACCCUUCAAGUGAUGUUUAGAGGCAGCAGCGAGUUUCCAGUGAGAGAGUAUUCUGAAGGCAGACUGCUUAACAACUUGAAACGGGUCGGACUCAAAACAGAGGCACUAGUGACACCAGAUGAUGUUUUGAAGUGUGCAAAGGAGGUUUCCCAGCUGGAUGUUGAAAGGGGAUCAGUCCUUUUACAACAUAUCAACCACUAUCCAGGUAUCUUACGUGCGCAGGUCACAAGCAACAGGAUUGCAAAGGCACUUUAUAAGUUUCUUGAAGAUCUGUCUUGGGUUCCAUGUGAAGCUUCACCGCCUGCUGACUACCCUAAUAAGGCUGGUUGGAUUGGAAACUCCCACACACUCUACUCACCCAGACAAGUAGGGAUCAUUGAUUCUGCUCUGCUUCAAGGCUCUGUGCUCCCUCUUGUUAGGUCACAUGACGUCAAAGAUGAACUACUGAAUGCCUUUGGAUGGACAAAGCGUCUUGAUCCGAGCAACUACCAACACGUCGAACGGGUAGUGCGUCAUCUGAAGAAUGUUGCAAACAACUACCAGAAUGUUCAUGAUAAUGUGCAUAUUGUUUCUCACACAGUGUCCGAGAUAUAUUCCUUCUUCACAAGAGCAGAGAAUGUACAAUUGAGACACCUUUUUCAUGAGCACAUGAGUGCUCCACAACCAUGGGUGUGGCAUGGCUUUGGUUUCGCCACUCCAGACAAGAUGGCCCUAAGCAACGGCACACUUGGUGUUACUUUGACCCCUUAUCUACGCCUUGUGCCUCAGGAUUAUCUCCAGUACGGCAGUUUCCUGAACAGCAUGGGUGUCCAGGAGACCUUCCAAGACAGCGCUCUUUGCGAAGUGCUGCGAAUUGUCAGUCAAAAGCAUGAAGCUAAUUCGGUUUCAGGUCAAGAGGAUUACGAGACAGAUUUAGAUCUUGUCUGCAACAUCCUAGGACACAUGGUCCGCCAAGAAACAUUUGACAACAAGAUGUCGGGGAUACUUGUUCCAUGUAGAAUGCAGAGAGGACGAGAAAGAAAGCUAAAUAUGGCAUGUUCAUCUCAAUGCCUGUAUGUUGAUGAGGAGAGACUUGCUAGGCAGAUAUUCAAAGGUUCCCAAACCUUCGACAGGCCAAUAAUUCAUGAGAAAAUUUCCAACUGGAUUGCGCAGAAAUUGGAAUUACAACCACUGAGUCACGUGAUUGCACCUGCUGAAGGAGUAGAAUAUGGAUACGAGAUUUCUGGUCCACACGAGACGACAGUGAAUGCAAUCAAGAGAAAUCUAGAUAUGUACAAGGAAGGGCCUGGCAUCUUUAACGAGUUGAUUCAAAAUGCUGACGAUGCUGGAGCUACUGAAGUCAAAUUCCUUCUAGACUGGCGAGACAACAAGCACACAGCCCACAACCUUCUGGGUGAAGGAAUGAAAACGUGUCAUGGACCUGCUCUCUGGGCUUACAAUGAUGGCGUUUUCUCAAAAGAUGAUAUUACAAAUAUCUGUAAUAUAGCGGCCCAGAGCAAGAAAGAUCAGCUGGACAAAGUUGGGAGGUUCGGAUUGGGAUUCACAUCAGUUUAUCACUUGACAGAUGUUCCAAGUGUUGUCAGCGGACCGUAUGUGCUAAUUUGUGAUCCCAGAACAACCCAUCUUGGAUCCCGUGUCAAGCCAGCUCAGCCAGGUAUCAAACUUGAUCUGACAAAUGACAACCACAGACGGACGCUUGAGAGUUACCCGAACCAGUUCCAACCAUACAAUGGCAUCUUUGGUUGUAAGCUGCCAGAGGCUGCACACUUCGGGCACACACUUUUCAGGUUACCACUGCGGACGAAAGCGGAAGCUGAUGGCCAACAGCCAAAUCAAAUUUCAGAUUCUGUCUUUGAUUCCAAGAAGAGUACUGAGCCACUGUCACAGGCUUUGCAGAAAUCGGCGUCUACUCUGCUUCUCUUUACCCAGAACGUGGUUAAAGUUACUGUGGAACAGCUUGAGUCUGAAAAUAUCAGGAACAUGACACCAGUAAUGUCUGUCACGGUUUCACAAGUCAGACAGCUGCCACGGUCAAUUACAGGUCCAUCUGAUGACUUCAAAAAUCAACGUGGUGUCCUGAAAGCAACAGCAAAACGUCUGAAAGUCCCAGGCCAUGGUUCGCCAGUUCCAGAGUCGACUAUGAUUGUGAAGAUAGAUCAGGAAACGUGCAUAGGCGUAGCUGCCAAAAAGAAACCAAAGAAAAAAACAUCUCACUUCAUCAUCAGCUCCUGUAUGUCAACAGGAAAACCUCUAGAUCUCGCCCUCACCAAGGAGGGUAUCAAAUCUGGAGUUAUGCCAUGUGGUGGGGUUGCUGCGCAACUAGUAUCUGGUGAAAGAGGGUUGACCCCUGGAACCACACCAGGCAAGGCCUUUAGCUAUCUCCCUCUUGAUGUCUCCACAGGGUUACGCUUUCAUGUCAAUGGCAACUUCCUUCUUCAACCUAACCGCCGCCAGCUGUGGAGCAAACCCUCAUCUGACACGGGAGAAUUUGAGACCCGUUGGAAUAUCUGCUUCAUGGAAUCAGUCCUGUUGCGUGCUUUUAUGAAUCUACUGAAAGAUCUUCAAAUGUUGCAAGAACAAGGUGAUGUUGAUGCUCGCAACUUCCAGUGUCUGUGGCCCAGAUGGAGUGAGUCUGAAAGUGACUUUCAUCCUUUCGUUAAUGCCUACUACAAGAACAUAGGAAGCAGUGUCGAUGCCCCAGAAGUAUUCUUUAACCAAAGUAAGUGGGUAUCAGUGCAUCAAUGCUUCUUCACUGACUGGGGUCUGACAGAUCCCGAAGAACUGAGAGGAAGCAUUAAAACCGUGCUUAACAAGCAUCAGGACCCGAAACGAUGUGUGGAACUUGAAAGAGAUGUAGUUGAGAGCAUCAAGCAAGCAGGCGCUCAAAAGGCUUUCAAUUGCAACACAUUCAACAUCCAGCGUUUCUUGUCUGAGGUAUUCUUUCCGAUGUUGGAGAAUAACCCUCAAGACAUCGAGUCUAACCACAGAAACAGGAUUGUUCUUUACACGCUGGACCUUCGUCUUGGAGAAAGAAAACUGGAAGAUUAUGAUAAAUUACUAAAGGCUACAGAGUGUAUACCGACUUCCCCAGAAGGUGAAGACUUGGCAAGACCUCAGGAUUUGGUGAAUCCCGAAUCACCAGUUGGUACACUGUAUAGCAAAACUGACUGUCGGUUUCCACAUGGAGAGCUGUAUCGUAAACAGGAACGUCUUCUGUCUUUAUCCCAGCUAGGGAUGGCUUCAAAUGACUUAUCUUGGGAAGAUAUCUGCGAGAGAGCACAAUCCUUGUCAGAGGGUGAUAAUGUUGACCAGAGGUGCGUAACUCUGCUCAAGCUGAUAGAUGAAAAACUCAGAAGGUCUGACGAGCCAACACCCGAUCAAAAGAAACAAAUCCGACAAGCAACUUUCCUUCCGGUACAGAAGAAGCCUCCAGGCUAUCCUUUGGAUUGGUGUCACUCUGAAGAUGAGUUUAUGCCAGCAGACUUGCUUCAUACACCAGAACACAAGAACCUUCUUGGUUCAGUUCGACCACUCUUGGACGAGAGGAGGUUAGGGUCUGAGGCAAUGAGUAACAAGGUCAAAACCUUUCUUGGUUUCACGGGCAAACAAGUUGCAGUCGGUGAUGUCAUUGCACAGCUUGUUAUUCUAAUUGAUCGAGCACCCAUGGCCCAUCAAACAUCUGCCAUGGUUCGCAGCAUAUAUGCAUAUCUCCAGGACACACUCUGUGCAGUGUCUCCAAAUGGUGAUGUUACUAUCAAAGAAGAGCACCGUGCUGCUGUUGACCAGCUUUGUUCAAAGAGAUUUGUCUUCUGUGAUGGUCAAUUCAGAGAGUGUGGGCAACUUGCUUUUCUCUACGAAGGCAAAAAAGGACCAUACCUGUACGAAGUGUCCCAUGAGCUCAUACAGUUCAGCAACCUAUUACGGAUUUGCGGUGUAAGAGAUCGUUUUCAGCUGGAGGACUUCCUUCACGCUAUCAAGCUUCUGAAGGACACCAAUGGCGAAAAACCUCUAAAUAAAUCAGAUCUGAAAACUGCAACGUCGAUGUUGUCAGAAGUUGUCUCAAUGUUGGCAGGAAAGCAAGGAGAACACGCUGAAGGUAGCCAGGAAAGUAGCUUACACAUAGACUUAAUCUCUGUCCCAGAUAACUGUGGGGUCUUGCGGUCACCAAAAGAGCUGACAUAUAACGAUAUGGAAUGGGAGGGAAGUCGUGAUGAAGAAAAGUACACACAUCCAGCUAUUUCAUAUCGUGAUGCUAAGGCGUUGGGUAUCAUUACACAGAGAGAGAAGUGCAUUGAUAGUUGCAAGCCGUUGCGGGGAUUUGCAAUAGAUUUUGGCCAGAGUGAGGAACUAACGGAUCGUCUAAAAAACAUACUGAGGUCGUAUCCAAACGUCUCUGAUGUAUUCAAAGAGCUUCUUCAAAAUGCCGAUGAUGCAGGAUCAACAGAGAUACAUUUUGUUUAUGAUCCACGCCAUCACGAAGCAAAGAAAGUCGUAUGUGAUUCCUGGGCUGCCGUAGGAAAACUUCCAUCGCUCUGUGUGUAUAAUGACAAGCCAUUCACUGAGGCAGACAUCAAAGGCAUUCAAAAAGUAGGAGUUGGAGGAAAGAGAGACGACACAACAACAACUGGGAAAUUUGGAAUCGGUUUCAAUGCAGUUUACCACCUGACUGAUUACCCGAGUUUCCUUAGCAACAGUGACACCCUUUGUGUGUUUGAUCCGCUUUUGAUGUUCUCUCCAGUGACACGGAAUACUUCACCUGGGAAACAAUUUAAUACAGACAAGGAAUUCCGGGGAAAAUUCCCUGACAUGUUGAAAGGAUAUCUGGAAGACAUACCUGACUUUAAUGGAAAGGGCGGAACAGUUUUUCGAUUCCCACUCAGAAAAGAGCCGUCAGGGCUUUCCGGAGAGACUUACUCACCAACGAGAGUAGAGGAAUUACUUGGUGACUUCAAAAAAGUGUCCCAGGAAGCUCUUCUUUUUCUUAACAACAUCAAAUCGAUCAGUGUUUCGUGUAUUGAUAAACACACCAACAAACUGACAACAGAGUACAGCAUCAGUGCAAAGCUUUCAGAACAAGACGAAGAACGACGUUCAAAGCUGGCAGAGCACCUCAAGCUUUUCACAUAUAACCCCUGCGAGACAGUUGAGCCCAUGUCCCACGUGUACACCCUCGUGACAAGUGACUCACUAGGCACUGAACAAACAUGGCUCAUUUCUCAGAUGCUGGGGUUUGAAGGUUCCCCCCUUGAAUGUCAGUCGGUGUCAAGAGCUUUUACCUUAAAAAGGUCUCUUCCACGUGGUGGAGUAGCGGCUCUCCUCAAGGAUAGCAGAGCGGACAUGGCAGCAAUUCAGCUGCACAAACAGCCGCGCAAAGCUUACUGCUUUCUUCCACUGCCAGUUCACACUGGAUUACCAGUGCAUGUGAAUGGGACGUUUGAGUUGGAUUCGGCAAGAAAGAAUCUUGCCAAAGGUGACGAUUAUGCGAUAUCUGAUGAUAUGUCUGAGGAGAGUGGACUCAUCCAUAGAUGGAACCGAAUCCUACUGGAACAUGUACUUGCCCCAGCCUAUGCUAAAUUAAUUGAGCAUGUGGGACGAAUAAUAUUUGGAGAAGCUGAUGUCAAGUCCUUGAAACAGCACCUUGGGCGGUAUGAUGACCUUUUCCCAAGGCAUUUGAAGAGCUAUCAAGGAGCAGAGUGGGAACUCCUAGCAAAAGCUACGUUCCGGUACAUCGGUAGGGAAAACUUGAAGGUUUUACCUGUUGUUCGUCAAACCAAAGCUAUCACAACCACCUGGCAUCAUCCAAACAGUGAUGACAGUCUUGCUUUCACUGAUAACUUUGAUCCGGCAUCGCCUGAAGCAGGUGAGAGCUUAGUGAGAGAUGAUGCAGCACGGGAGUUAAUACGCUCCUUUUUGCUGAGGGUCAACUUUAACCUGCUGGCCAGCUCCCAGGAGGUAUGUUUGGCGUUUCAGGCUUGUGAUGUUGGAGCAAAGUUUGUUGAUCCAAAAUCAGUAGUUCAGCAUCUUUCAUCUGGAUCUCACCAGGUGGCACAGGCCUUCCCCGCUCCUUUGAACAAAACCAAAUUCAAGAACAUCCGGACUGUACGUACGGUGUUCGAUUACUGCCUUGAAGGUAUCGAAAAUCCAGCUGAACUGAAUGGCUUACCCAUCCGUCUUACCAAUGAUGGCAUGCUGCGUGAGUUUUCAACAAGUGAUGGUUCAUAUGUGACAGACCACUCCAGAGUGCUACCUUGUCUGGAGAGUAUAUUCCUUCACAGCGGGCUUGUUUCAUCUUGCAUUGCUUGGUUCAAGAAGAAAAAGAAUUCCGAAACAGCUUAUGGAAGUGGUAUGUUUAAGCAGUUUACCAUCACUGAGCUUGCCCAACACCUUUGGAAGCAUCUUCCCGAGAGCUGGCACGGUUGCAAUCAGCACGUAGACUGGACACCAGACAUAAAUGGCCAUCCCUCUGAGUUGUGGCUUGGACACCUAUGGACAUUCAUCUGCAGUGAGACAUUGGAGGAGCGGUCCCUGGAUUGUAUCAACCACUGGCCAAUAUUCCCCACUCAGUCAGGUAAACUGGUGCCCCCUAUAUUAUCCAAGACCGUAUUACUCCUGCAAAGCGAAGAAGGGUUAGGGAUGAAAAUAGCCAAGGUGCUGCUCAAACUUGGUCUCCCUCUUAUUUCGCGGACCCUUAUGUGUGAGCUCAGAACAACCUUCCCCAGGGGUACACGAGUUCAAGUACGCCAUGCACAACCAGGACUUGGCAAACUACUUGAAAAACACUUAGCCCUGCCAACCUCAAUACAAGAUGUGAUAGAUGUGAUCGCAUUCGUGCAAAACACAGGUGGAGGCAUUGGUCACCUGAUACUCUCUGAGUGCGAUACUCUACUUCAUUAUUUCCAAGAGGACGAGAAUCUGUCGGAGGACAGUAUGAAGACUAUCAAAAAGCUCUCAGUUUUCCAACUUCUAAAGGAAAAAAACACCACCGAUCUUCACCGCUUCGAUCACUACCACACUGAAGAAGGCUACGGAAUGUUGAUGGUUGAAGCCAAGACCUGGAUGGACAACAUGCACUGUGUUAUUCUGGAGCCCAAUCGUAGCUUGAAUCUCAUCUAUCAACAGCUUGGAAUAACUCCGAUUACCAAAGUCGAUAUGUACUUGAAGUACCUACUUCCAAGCUUUCUGUUGCUCAGUCCAGAGGGUCAAUUGCAGCACGUCAAAUUCAUCAGAGACCAUGUGCUACUCGAAGCUUCAGAACAGGAGGAAAAAGAAAUUCUUGAGCGUCUUUCCUACAUUGCCUUCAUUCGAGACUCAACUGGCAUACUUCGACAAGCAAGCUUUUUUUACGACGGUGAAAAUCCUGUCUUCAAAGCGUUGAUUGACCCAAUAAAGUUACUGCCUGAAUCCAUGGGAAACCUGAAGUAUUUCCUCGUGAAAAUUGGUUUCCAUUCAACAGUAACUCAAGCCGACUUCCUUCAGUUUGCACAGGACGUGGAAAAAAAGUCUGGUACAGUCAAAGACAAGAAAAAAAGAGAGGCAUUAUGUCGCAUCUCUCGUCUUCUGACAAAUCAACUGAACUUAAACGAAGAGCUCCUCGACCCAAACUUCCUGAAGAAAAUCGCAACGAUUAAGUUCGUUCAGUCUGUCCCAAUCAAGACAAACCUGCUUCACAUCCACCCUGCAUGUUCUUUGACGGGCAGUCACAACAACCAAACGCCCGCAUUCAUUGCAUAUCAAGGAUCAGUGUCGGAGAAAUAUUUGGAGCUUGUAUGGUCAGUUUGUGUGAUACUACCGUAUUGGGCCAUACCGACAAACCAGAAAAUUAAUAAGGAUGUUACUGUUCAUGGUUGCCUUGGAAUUGAAAAUGUGGUUGCUGAUAACGUUGUUUCGCACACGCAAAACAUUUGUGGGCUGAUGGAGAAAAAGAAUGCAAUACACAAGGAAGACAUGCUGCCAACAGAACAGAGAGAGACGUUUAAAGACGUCAUGGGCGAGAUAUUGGGCUACUUGAAAGAUCUAAACAUGGCUAAGCAUGGUGAGGACAUUAAACGUCGGUUGAAGUGCACUCCAGUAUGUCUUGUGGAAGAAGGACGUGUAUUGGUGAGAGCGGAUCAGUUGGUGUUUCAAAUAGACAAAGAUCUUGAACCUUAUUUGCGCCCGUACUUGUACAAAGCACCACGAGAAUUGGCAGAGUUUGAUACUAUCCUUAGUCUGCUUGGAGCCCAGGAGUCAUGCUCCUUGGACCAGCUGGCAGGAGUGUUGGCGUCAAUGAAAGGGGAAUGUGGUGAUGAACGUCUAGGCCCAAACGAACAGAAGACAGCCGAGGGUGCUGUUAGAGAAAUGCUCCUUCUGUUGCACAAUGCGGGCGGUCAAUCCACGUUUUCUGUAUCCGAGCUGUAUUUACCUAAUUCAGCGUACUUCUUGAGGAGGUCAACUAAUUUGUAUUAUGCUGACCAUAUUCAAAUGGGGCAUUUCAACCUUGCAUCCACAGACAAAGAAUUCAUCUUUCCCUUAAAGCAGUGCGGAUUUGUGGUCAAGGACGAAGUACGUCUCAUUCAACUUCUUCCAAAGGCUCUCCGACCUAAAAAUAUUGGGGAUGAGAUGAAUGAGAAGCCGUUAGACACCAAUAAAGACUGCCCCGCUGGACAGCAUUGUGAGUAUCUGGAAGGCAUCAAGCGUAAGGUGAAUUCAGAGGAAAUGACUCUUGUGUUGUUGAGACUUAAACAACACCAGCUCGAAAACAAACAACUGAGUGCUGACAUCAAAGAGCGCAUAACACAACUCCAGGAAUUUGACAAGUUUGUCUGCAAAGCAGAAUUGAAACUUGGCUUAUACGACAAGAAUGGACAAAAGAUUGCAGAGCAGAAGUACUCUCGGAAAGCGUACUUCGACAAAUCGACAAAUACAAUAUACCUAGAGCACUCUUCACCAUCUCAACAAAAGGGUCUCACUUCCAGACAAAUCGCAAACAGUUGCAAUGCACUCCUAGAACAUCUGUUGGAUUUUUGUCAUUUAGGUAUCUACACAAGUGUGUUGGACUGUCAGAGUCUGGACGAGAUGAGUCCAAUUCUUUCCCAGUCUGACAUCCCUGAGUAUGAUAUCACAACAAGAGCUAUCCAACCGGACGAGCACAGACCAGGAACUCUAAUACCAAGAGAUAUUCAUCACCUCCUUGAUCAAGAUCCCUACAACCGUUUCCUAGUAGAUGAGAUAGUAGGUUAUGAAAGAGACAUUGACGAAGCAGACCAGUUGCCGUAUGAUGACAGUGACAACCUUGCUUUGGGAAUUGGUGAUUGGUUACCAUCAGAAACACCGGCGGACGGUGCUACUGAGAAAAUCUAUGCAAAAAUCCUUGAGCAGAUUGACAAGAGUGAUAAGACAGUCAACUUAUCGAGACGAUACAAAAUUGACGUUGGAGGAAAGGAUCCCAUCAUUGUUAAAGUGAACAGACUUUAUAAAUUCCUGCGACCAAAGAAACAACCAGACAUGACAGUCGUUCCUUUUACCGGGGAACCUACAUCUGAUGUUCCAACUGCAGCGCCUUUUGAACAAGCUCUUCCAGAAGACAUGCAGAACGACGAAGAGCAGAUUAGGAAAGAGGUUGACGAAGUAUUUGAAAUGCCGCCGGAGGAACGCAAGAGAGUUUUGUACCGUCUGUAUCGCAAGUGGCAUCCCGAUAAGAAUCCAGGCCAGCAGGACCGUGCCAAUAAGGCAUUCCAAUUCCUCAAACAGGAAAUUGAGGGGCAUGACCAGCGGUGCUCUGAUCAGUAUUCGAACUGGGAGUCGGAGGUCGAUAGGGACAGGGAAGAAGCCAGAAGAUAUCAAGAGAGUUAUUAUCAAAAUCAGUCCAGCGCCAGAUCAAACACAUCAGAAGGUAACUUUGUGCCGCCGUCCUUUACCAGAGAGACCCCAGAUCCACGACAAGCACGGCUAUGGUUCCGUCAGGCCAAGGAACACCUUAAGGUUGCCGAGCAGACGUGGCAACUCGAGCCAGUCCCAGCUCAGUGGAUAGCCUUCCAGGUACACCAGGCUGCAGAAACUGCGCUUAAAGCAGCUCAGUACAGUCUGGACGGACGUCCAGACAUCAAGUGUAAUGAUGUAAUAUCUCUGGCAAGAACAGUUUGCCGACACAGAGACGUAACUUCUGACCGAGUAUUUGAAGUAACACUUGAACUAGUUCAUCUGAAUUGCGACUUCAGUAAACCUCGCUACCCACAGAGGAACUCAAAGACAAGUGGACAGGAAUACAGUGAUUUCAGCACAGUGGACGUUUUGAGGAAGUGUGGAGAACUACUGAACCUUGUCCAAGACAUAAUCGGUAUCAGGUUGUUUUAGACAAUAUGAUACGAAGCUGAAGCAAGAAGCUUUAUUUCCUUAUGAAAAUAAAUGAACAUGUCGCUGGGAGGGCCUGACUGUUAAUUAGUGCGUAUUUUGUUCUCUUAAUUUUUAGUAUGUCGUAUGAAAAUAAUUUCUUAUUUACAUCUGUACAUUAUACGCACUGAGAUAAGCGGAUGCUACUUUGAAAUAAAUGUUGACACUGUCGAAACCUUUUCGAAGAUUACUAUGCCUGAGUCUGUCUUGUGCCUGUUCGUAGCGAAAUAGUAGAUGAUAUGUUCAAAGAGAGGCUCCAGCUUGUUAACUGUAGACAGUAGGUUUUUUAAAGUUACAUGGACAAGAGGCAGGAUUAAAGAAAUGCUAUAAGAAAUUGUCAAAAAAACAAUCAAGCGUAAGGAUUUAUAAUUAUUUGCUUUGUAAUUUUUAGAGCGUGAAAGGUCCACGUGUUAUAAAAGUGUUAAAAGUAGUAUAUGUAAAAGAAGGGAAACAUAUCCUAUGCUUAAUAUGGCCAUCAAAUACUUGUACGAGUGUCUGCAUGUCAUACAUAUGCUUGACGCAAGUACAGAACUUCAAAAUUUGUUGUGUGAAUUGAUUCCGCGCCCUCCUUGAAAGAACAAAUCGUGAAUUUGAUACAAUAAUAAUUUCAAAGGGAAGCCAAUAUUUAGUUUGCUGAUCAUUGUUUUGAGUAGAUAACAGCAGCGGAUUUUGGUUUGAAUAAAAGUAUCGAGCUUAA